AUGGCCUGGAGGAACCACAGCGCCAUCACAGAGUUCCUUCUCACGGGGCUCUCCGACGAACCCCUGAUCGAGGCUCUACUUUUCGCGCUUUUCCUGAGGAUUUACCUCCUCACCAUGACGGGGAACCUGAUGAUGCUGCUGGUGAUCGGGGCUGACUCCCACCUCCACACGCCCAUGUACUUCUUCUUAAGCAACCUAUCGUGUAUAGACCUCUGCUUCUCGUCGGUCACGGUACCGAAGCUGCUGAAGGACCUCCUGUCUGAGAGGAAAAGCAUCUCAGUAGGGGGCUGCCUGGCUCAGGUCUUCUUCGUGUUUUUUUCUUCUGGGACUGAAGCCUGCCUGCUGUCGGCCAUGGCUUAUGACCGCCAUGCUGCCAUCUGCCAUGCACUGCUCUAUAGCCAGGUGAUGAGAACUGAGUUGUGUGUGAGGCUUGUGUUGGUCUCAUGGGGCGUGGCCUCGCUCAAUGCCACCAUCAUUGUGCUCUUGGCGGUCAACCUGGACUUCUGUGAGGCUCAGACCAUUCACCACUACACCUGUGAGCUGCCUGCCCUUUUCCCCCUGUCCUGUUCGGAUAUCUCUAUCACUGUUGAUGUCCUGCUUUGCUCCAGUUUAUUGCACGGGCUGGGAACCUUUAUCCCAAUCUUCUUCUCCUAUGCCCGCAUUGUCUCCACCGUCUUGAGCAUCAGCUCCACCACGGGGAGAAGCAAAGCCUUCUCCACCUGCUCGUCCUACCUCACUGCAGUGACCUUGUUCUUUGGGUCAGGCUUUCUCUGCUAUCUCGUGCCCCCCUCUGGGUCCUCCCUGGAUUUGAUCUCGUCUUUGCAGUACAGCGCAGUGACCCCCAUGCUGAACCCCCUCAUCUACAGCCUGAAAAACAAGGAGGUGAAGGCGGCUGUGAGAAGGACACUGAGAAAGUACCUACACAACAAAGUGGAUGGGAGAAAGGCCACAAGACCUCAACUCUACCUAAAGAGCAGCAGAAUCCUCAAAAGUAACUUCUCCAGCUGCCUGCGGUUCCUCAUCCUUGGCUCUAACCUCCCACACAAAGCCUCUCCAAAGCUGAGGGCAUCAGAGGAUGUUGCAGGAUUCACUCUGCUGAUGAAAGCAUCUAUGAAAUUCAGCAGCAGUCACCUCUGCCGGGAACUAAUGCUGUUGAGGGAUUAG